AUGGCUGCGCAGGCGUUCCUAAUGGUCGCUCCUUUCCUCCGACCGCCAGGAGGUGUUGGUAGCACUCCACCGCUACCUUACUGGCUUUAUUCUGUUGUUGGAAUUGCUAUUUUGGUUGCCGCGGUGAUUUACUGGUUGGUAUGGGUUAAGGUAUUGCCUGCCAUUGGACGUUAUAGAUUGGUACCUGAGCAUGAGAAGUUGGCAGAUGGGACUGCUGUAAUUGUUUAUCAAAAGGUCAAGACUACUCAGUCCAAGGAUGUGAAAGUAUUCAGUGGAACUAUAUGGCAGAAUGGAUGCGUCUUUUAG